AUGUUGUUGCUAACGACAUUUGUCUUGUCAUUGUUGUCGACGGCGAGGACCGUCCAAUCCUUUUCGCCAAAAUCUUUCCAUCUUGGCUCUACAACCGCAAUUGAUGGGUUUGAAGCUUACACUGAAAGCCUUAUCACAUUGGAUGAAAGCAAUCCUGUGCUUACCCUCGACUACGGCUCCGAAGUUGGUGGCUUCCCUUUUGUGGAAGUUCAAACCCCUAGCUCAGCCGUCCAAGUUCAGUUAAAAUAUAGUGAACCGUACGAUGGUCUUGAAUUGCCCCAAGGUGACGGUCCUUGGCUGUAUGUCAAUGGACUGAUGAAUUCUUUUCGCAUCGAAACUUUCAAUAUCACCGAGUCCGGAAAAGUCCAGUCAUUCUUUAUCCAAGGUGGCUUUCGAUGGCAAUCUAUCAUGCUUCUAGGGAACGCGUCUCUCACAAUCAGCAAAAUUGGAGUUCAACCUUCAGUAGACAUCAAAGAUCCCGAAUCUCUGCCGGGAAGCUUCUCCACUUCUGAGGAUAUGUACCAAGAUGUAUGGAACUUGGGCGCACGUGCUGUACAGGCAGCAUGCGUGGAUGCUGGUUCACAGCCCUCCACCUGGGAAGUGUUUGACCAAGGCACCCUCAUCAGAGGACAGUAUCCGGCUGUUUCCGCACUGGGUGAUGGUUUUGGGAACUACACACUGGAUUUCUCCACCAAGAUAUCUACUGGAGGUACAGGGUGGCGAGUCGCUGGCGGCGCAAACGGUGGCUACGGUCCUUACUUUGUGUUAACCUCCAAUCGGCCGGGAUUGAUCAGUUCCAACGUUACUUCGAUCCCACAAAACAGCUUAAUUGCAGGAUAUGGGUUCAGUCUCAUAAACCAAGCCAUUUUGCCUUCAGCGCCCCCACAGACCUAUUCAAUCUCGAACAUGACGAUUGAGGAGGGCACCUGGUACUCCAUUAGUACUGUCAUCAAUUCCACGGGAUACACGAUCUCUGUGGACGGCCAACAGAUCGCCUUUAUUGAAAAUGGACCUUUUAUCAGUUAUGUCAGCGGAGCCUGGGGGUCAGGAAGCCUGACUGAUGGUACAUUUGGCUUUGGGCCUUACCUGAACCAAGAGGCACUUUUCAAGGAUGUCAAGGUGACUGCACAAAAUGGAAGCGUGAUCUACACAAACUCUUUGACGUCAAACGACACACUGGAGGAGUUCGCAAUCGCAAGCAACAAAUAUUCUGUCUGCCUUGAUGGUGCCAAGCGAGAUCGAGAAAUUUGGAUCGGCGACUUCGCUCAUACUUCGCGUAUAAUUGCAAGCAGUAGCGGCCGCUUUGACUACAUUCAGAGCAUGAUCGACUUUGAAUUCGACUGGCAAUAUCCACCAGGGCCUGCACAUGGUCUUGUACCCAUCCAGGCUUACAUGGGAGCUGGAAAACAGUAUCGUGAGGUUUAUUAUCCAUCAGAGUUCGGAGAAACAGAUUACCAAUUCUUUUUUCUCCUGGUACUCACGGACUACUUUGCAUUGUCUGGCGACAAGGCACUCCUGAGCAAAAAUUGGGAUGGAAUAAAAUUGUUAGUUCAGACUCUGGUCGAUCGCUACUUCGACCCAGCCUCUGGGCUUAUGGCCAGCCCUGAUGCCUCCUGGUUUACGGCACAGGGCACCCAAAAUGCGACAGCACCAACCGCCCUAUUUCUCGUUACCCUCAACCAAUUGGUUCAUGUUGCCACUGCUUUGAGCGAGUCACAAACUGCAAUGUCCUGGACCAAGAUGGCGACCCGACUAGGCAAUGCCAUCAAUAAUCUCCUGUGGAAUGACAACCUAGGCGCCUACAGCUUGUCACUCACUCAGCCCAAUGAUAGUGCUAUACUCGCAACCGCGUUCACGAUUCGGGCUGGUAUCGCAUCUCCUGCACGCGUUGCUAGCAGUAUCGCUCGCCUCUCUGACGUCUUUCUGAAAAUCGGUUACAAGGACAACUCGGCAGCGAGCGAUGCUUCCAGUACGCAAUUAUCGCCAAACACCCAAGGCUUUUUAUUCGAGUCACUUUUCAUCGCUCAUCUACAAUACAAUGUGUCCGCGGAGGCAGUUCUACCAGCGAUUCGAAACUUGUCUGAAGUCUUUUGGCCCAAGAUGGUUACUCAAAAUGAGUACUUUACUGGCGCGAGUUGGGAGUACCUAUAUCAGGAUGGUAGUCCAGGGAUUGGUAUUUUCACAAGUCUAGGUCACCCUUGGGGAGGAGCGCCGACAUAUAUAUUCAGUAAUUACAUUUUGGGCAUUCGACCAGAAUGGAACAAUGCCAUGGGAGAAUACGAGUGGGUUUUUGAUCCUGCAUGGGACAUUGCCGAGGGGCUUGGUCUUGAGUGGGCAAAGGGUAAGAUGCCACUAUCCUCGGGAGGGUAUAUCGAGGCCGAGUGGAAGAUAUCAGGGGAGGGAGAAAAGACCAUGAAGCCAUCAAUGGCCGCCACAGUUGUUGGAAACAAGAACGUGAAGGUCAACAUUAAGAAAAGAUCUUGA